UUUCGUACGCGCUCCCAUCACCACCACGUCUCGACGUCUACUAUCGCGUUAUCAAGAGCCAGCCUUGUGGGAGGGGCGGCUCGCCUCCUCUUUUCUCUCACUGUAUUCCACCCCCCCCUCCUCUCUUUGUUUUUUCCUUCGCGUGGGGGGAACUGAGCCCGAAUCAGUUACCUGCCCUAAUUCCCCCCAGUUGCCGCAAUCCCUCCUCACCUCUCCUACUAUAGGAGAGAGAGACGAGGGAACCCCAGAAGCAGGCUCCAGAGAAAGAAAUAGAGGGUGAGAGACGCAGCAAUGGGCUCCGAGGGAUCCCGGGUUGUCGUUCCAAGAAACUUCAGAUUGCUCGAAGAGCUUGAGAGAGGGGAGAAAGGUAUUGGUGAUGGUACUGUCAGCUAUGGAAUGGAUGAUGCUGAUGAUAUCUAUAUGCGUUCCUGGACUGGGACAAUUAUUGGUCCACACAACACUGUCCAUGAGGGGCGGAUAUAUCAGUUGAAGCUAUUCUGUGAUAAAGACUAUCCAGAUAAUCCACCAACUGUGCGAUUCCAGACUAGGAUAAACAUGACGUGUGUAAAUCAGGAAACUGGAAUGGUCGAACCAAGCCUGUUUCCAAUGCUUGCGAACUGGCAAAGGGAGUAUACCAUGGAGGACAUAUUAGUCAAUUUAAAGAAAGAAAUGUCAUCUGCGCAGAACCGGAAGCUUUACCAGCCUCCAGAAGGCAUUGACGACCAGAGGAUGGAGCAAAAGGGUUUGGUGCUUAGGUGCUGUAUCCUUUAAGGAAAAGGAGAUGAAUGAAUGCAGUAAUGUAAAUAUAAUCUGGUUAAGAUAGGUGGCACCACUAAGAGGUUCCCUGACUCGGCACUUAUUUCAAGCCAGUGCCAAACAUGUGAAGUUGGAGUUGUAAUCUUGGUUUUAUUAUUAUUAAAUAAGCUAUAUGCACUAGUUAGCGAUGAUGCUUCUGUGUAUAUUGUUCUAUGAGUGCAGCAGGCAUACAAGCUUUAAAUUAGCCCUUAAUGUAUUCUUAUGUCUUGACUUCAA